AUGUCGUCCGACAAGCCUCUCCCCUUUGUCUACCAGUUCGCUGCAGGCGCCAUCGCCGGCGUGUCUGAGAUUCUGGUCAUGUACCCGCUUGACGUAGUCAAGACUCGAGUUCAACUCCAGACUGGAAAGGGUGGAGCUGACCACUACAAUGGCAUGGUCGAUUGCUUCCGCAAGAUCGUGAAGAACGAGGGCUUCUCCCGCCUUUACCGUGGUAUCUCUGCGCCUAUCCUCAUGGAGGCGCCCAAGCGUGCCACCAAGUUCGCGGCCAACGACGAGUGGGGCAAGGUCUGGCGGAAUGUUUUUGGCGCGCCCAAGAUGACCCAGUCCCUGUCCAUCUUGACAGGUGCCUCUGCUGGUGCAACCGAGGCCUUUGUCGUUGUGCCCUUUGAGCUGGUCAAGAUUCGCAUGCAGGACAAGUCCUCGGCCGGCAAGUACAACGGCGCCAUCGACUGCGUGACCAAGACCAUCCGCAACGAGGGUAUCCUGAGCUUGUACCAGGGUCUGGAGAGCACCAUGUGGCGCCACAUUCUCUGGAACGCUGGCUAUUUUGGCUGCAUCCACCAGGUCAGGCAGCUCAUGCCCAAGGCGAACAACAAACAGCAGCAGAUGAGGAACGACCUGAUCUCGGGUUCGAUUGGUGGAACCGUGGGUACCAUGCUCAACACGCCCAUGGACGUCGUCAAGAGCCGUAUCCAGAACACUUCCAAGAUCCCCGGUCAGGUGCCCAAGUACAACUGGGCCUGGCCUGCUGUCCUGACCGUCGCCCGCGAGGAGGGUUUCAGUGCUCUGUACAAGGGUUUCUUGCCCAAGGUGUUGCGUCUUGGCCCUGGUGGCGGUAUUCUGUUGGUUGUCUUUACUGGUGUGAUGGACAUGUUCCGCAAGAUGCAGAACCCUACGCUGUGA